CACAACAAUAACAAACACUGAGGCAGAGGGGCGGAACUACGAGUGCGCCGUCGUGGGCCAAAGUCCAUUUCCCCUUCCCAGGAAGAAAUGGAUUUACCUGCGGAUCGUGUUGAAGAAGUACAAAAUGUCCUUAAUGCUAUGCAGAAAAUCUUAGAGUGUCCAAUCUGUCUGGAGUUGAUCAAAGAGCCUGUUUCCACAAAGUGUGAUCACAUAUUUUGCAAAUUUUGUAUGCUGAAACUUCUCAACCAGAGGAAAGGACCUUCACAGUGUCCUUUGUGUAAGAACGAUAUAACCAAAAGAAGCCUACAAGAAAGUACAAGAUUUAGUCAACUUGUUGAAGAGCUGUUGAAAAUCAUUCAUGCUUUUGAGCUUGACACAGGAUUGCAGUUUGCAAACAGCUAUAACUUUUCAAAAAAGGAAAAUAACUCUCCUGAGCAUCUAAAGGAGGAAGUUUCUAUUAUCCAAAGUAUGGGCUAUCGAAACCGUGCCAAAAGACUUCGACAGAGUGAACCUGAAAACCCUACCUUGCAGGAAACCAAUCUUAGUGUUCAACUCUCUGACCUUGGACUUGUGAGAUCUCUGAGGACAAAGCAGCAGAUACAGCCUCAGAAUAAGUCUGUCUACAUUGAAUUGGGAUCUGAUUCUUCUGAAGAUACAGUUAAUAAGGCAAGUUAUUGCAGUGUGGAAGGUGACAAGUUGUUACAAAUCACCCCUCAAGGAGCCAGGGCUGAAGCCAGUUUGAAUUCUGCAAAAAAGGCUGCUUGUGAAAUUUCUGAGGACAUAACAAAUAUUGAACAUCAUCAAUCCGGUAAUAAAGAUUUGACCACCACUGAGAAGCAUGCAACUGAGAAGCAUCCAGAAAAGUAUCAGGGUGAAGUGGCAUCCGGGUACGAGAGUGAAACAAGCCUCUCUGAAGACUGUUCAGGGUUGUCCUCUCAGAGUGAUAUUUUAACCACUCAGAUGCUUGUGCACAAGUUUGCCAGAAAACAUCACAUCACUUUAACUAAUCAAAUUUCUGAAGAGACUACUCAUGUCAUCAUGAAAACAGAUGCUGAAUUUGUGUGCGAACGGACACUAAAAUAUUUUCUGGGUAUUGCAGGAGGAAAAUGGGUAGUUAGCUAUUUUUGGGUGACCCAGUGUAUUAAAGAAAGAAAGAUGCUAGAUGAGAUAUUCAGAGGCCUAGAAGUCUGUUGCUAUGGGCCCUUUACCAAUAUGCCCACAGAUCAACUGGAGUGGAUGGUGCACCUCUGCGGGGCUUCUGUGGUGAAGGAGCCUUCGUUAUUCACUCUCAGCAAGGGUACUCACCCAGUGGUGGUCGUGCAGCCGGAUGCCUGGGCAGAGGACAGUGGCUUCCAUGCGAUUGGGCAGAUGUGUGAGGCACCUGUGGUGACCCGAGAGUGGGUAUUGGACAGUGUAGCCCUCUACCAGUGCCAGGAGCUGGACACCUACCUGAUCCCACAGAUUCCCCGCGCUGCUGCUCACUCCAGCCAGCCAUGCGUGUAGCGUCUGGAGCCUGUCUCCAUAGGACCCCGAGAAUGAUCCUAAGAAGCAGCCUUUUUCCAGGCUCCAGGAGCUCUUCUUCAGUCCUUCCACAGUCCCGGUUACUGAAUAUUUUAUGUACAUUAGCCUGAGAAGAAAUUCUGGCUAUGCAAGGGUCCCUUAAAGAUUUUCUGCUUCAAGUCGCCCUUUGAAAUCUACCAUGAGCACAAAAUUGUCCUAAUUUUUCACUUGGAAAGAAUUUAAAACCAUUUAAACCCCACCAAUUUAGCAAGAUGCUGAUUCAUUAUUUAUUAGCCCUAUUCCUCAUACUGGGGAUGUUGGCUUAGAGCUGGAGGCACGGGAUGCUGGCCUCCGGAGAGUAGCUGGUCUCCCUGAGUUUGCUCCUCUAAAACCCGAGUCAGACCCUUCAGUGGAAAGCGAGUACUUGGGGAAUCUGUGACGUGACUUAAAAUCAGAAUAGUCCUCGGGCGGCUCUCAAAUGUUGGAGUGGAGCAGGGGUGGGGGCCGGAGGGAUUCAGAGGCAGGUAAUAGAUGUAAAUAUGAACGCUGAGGGUUAGAGGAGAGGGGAGUCACACUGGCCCUGAUCUCCAGAAGUCUGUGCUAUAGCCACUGGAUUUCUAAGGAAUUUCGUAGCACUGAUGUGCUCUGAAAUAGAAUCUCUUCAAGAACUGGUGUCCGAAGAGAGUCUUCUAAUUCCCCGUUAGAAAUAAACACAGUGUUUGUUGUUGUAGCUCUGAUAUGUCACCCAUUCCUCUUGAAACAUAAGAUCUCUGAUAUGGAUAUUUCAUGUCUGAAAAUGACGGAUCCCACCAGGAAAGGAGCUGUUGCUCUCCUUGAGGUAAUUUUUUCCUCUGUGCCUCCUCUUGCUGAACUGUAUAGCUUCGUAAAUAAUUUUGUUUGCCGAAGGAAGAGAAAGUGUUUUUCAUCAACUCAUUAUCCAGGACUGUUUAUAGCUGUUGGAAGGACUAGGUCUUCCUUAGUCCCCCAGUGUGUGAGGGCAGUACAGACCUGAUUGUACAAAAUGUUUUGUAAAUGUUGUGCUAUUCACCUGCAAAUAAACUUGGUAGCAAACACUUCCA